AUGGCAACUGUUAGUUCAGGAGUUGAGGACGCUCGCCCGAUCAUCAACAAUUGUCAUCUUGAAAUUUUCAGUAUUAUCUGGCUUGAUAAUAAUAUUUAUAAUAAAGAUAUUCGAAAUACAGAACUGAAAUUACGUGACAUUAUUAAUCGUGUCGUCAAGUUCCAAGAUGUACAAUCGUGUCAAAAAUAUAUUGAAGAACAAUCUAAAAAAGAUCGACUAGUAGUCAUCGUUAGUGGCCGAUUGGGACGAGAAAUAGUUCCUUCUAUUAAUACAGUUCGACAAGUUGUAUCGAUCUAUGUUUAUUGUAUGGAUAAGAAAAGUAAUAAAGAAUGGGCUGAUAAAUUUUCAAAAGUGAAAGCUGUUACUUCUGACCUUAGCGAACUUGUUUCUCACAUUAAAGAUGAUCAUAAAAUACAGAAACAAGUGGAGGAACCAUUGUCAAUUAAUAUUUUUACUAUAGGUUCUGGCAAAGGUAAAUCAACAUCUGAUCUGAAUGGGAAAUUUCUUUUUUCUCAAGUGCUCAUUGAUUGUCUUCUAAAGCUAAAAUCUACUGAAAAAGGUACAAAUGAAGUUAUUAAGUGUUGUAAACAGGAGUACAAAGGUAAUAAUCUCGAAUUGCAUAAUAUCCAGGAGUUUGAACAGACUUAUUCGCCUGACAAAGCCUUAAACUGGUACUCACGAGAAGCGUUCUUUUUCAAGACUAUUAAUACAGUUCUACGCAACGAAAAUACUCGUUUGACAUGCUUAUUUCGUACAUAUAUUUCUGAUAUCUAUCGUCAAUUGAAAAGUUGUCAAAUUACAAAUCCUGUACGAGUUUAUCGAGGUCAACAUCUAUCAACUGAUGAACUAGAAACUUUGAAAAAAUCAACUGGUCACUUUAUUUCGGUGAAUUCAUUCUUCUCCACCAGUCUUGUUUGUCAAGAAGCUCUUGUAUUUCUUAACGAUUCUAAUGUUCCACCUGGUUUAGAAAAAGUAUUAUUUGACAUUGAUGCCGAUCCUAAAUUUGCCACUACAAAACCAUUUUCUGAUAUCAGCGCAUAUAGUGUAUAUAAAAAUGAAUCCGAAGUACUUUUUAUGCUUGGUUGUAUUUUCCGCUUGAACAAUAUUGAGCGCAGUAGUGAUAAUGAACGAUGGAUUAUUAAAAUGACUUUGUCUAAUGAGAAUGAUUACGCUUUAAAAAACGUUCUCAUCUAUAUGAGAGAUCAACUUGGUAGUGGAGAUACAAAUCUUCGAACGUUAGCACAAGUAUUAUGGAGAAUGGGAAAAAUUGGCUUAGCUGAAGAAUAUUUUCAGCAUUUUCUGGAAGAACUUUCAGCAAAUGAUCCUUUACGUUCUACUGUGUAUGAAGAACUUGGCGAUUUGGCAUCACAGAACCGUGACUAUGAUAAGAGCGUUGAAUGGCAUCAAAAAGCGCUCGAUUUCAAAAGCAAAAAUUCAGCAAAUGACACUGACAAUAAUAAUAAACGAAGUGAUCAUACUGGUAAGUUCAUCGAACGACUAUGUUUUAUUUUUGAAAGGGAUAUCCGAUACAAAAAUCAAUAUUUUUCAUAGCAAAAAAGUAUUUAAAAAAAUUUAAAAGAGUGAAAAUCGGGAAUAACUUUUCUCAAUCUCGUCAAAAAAUCCUGAUUUUUGCUUAUUAAAUAGCCAUUUUAGAUUCUCGCAAAUUAUGUUUAUCAAACAUAGAUAGAUUAAUGUCUACAUUUCUUGGUGAGUGCCAGGUAAAGUAAAGGAUACUUAGUGGAGACUCAUUUGAACUCUCAAUUCUCUUCUAUUCCUAAGUAUCUUGAUGUUUUACAGUUUUUCUAAACUGUUUUUUUCCAUAUUCUAGUUCUGUUCCCUGACAUCUAUUAGAUGAUAAUGAUAUAUAUAGCUAACUCUCAUAUUCUUUGAUUAAUAUUAUAUUUAUUUGAGUAGAAAUUCUUAUUCAACAUUGAAGCAUACAUGAUUUUUAUUCACAUAUGACCAUGAGUCGUGUGAUUAACUCAUUGUUCAAUGUUAUACAUUGCUGUAUAUUUCGCGCAUUCUCUUAAAACAAAAGUUCUGCACUUUUCACUAUAUGUCAUUGCUCAUGCGAUAGCUUUCAAGAGACUACCAUCUGUAGAAUGUGCGCUAUACUGAUAGUUUUUUCUUGUAAGUAUUGUAUCAUGGUGGAUUGUAUGAAGACGGGCGAAUAUUUUGAUAGUCUCUGUUAAAAUGAACAGAAAUAAUAUGAUUUUGACAAAAUUCGACUAAGUUAACGCGUCUAAGCCGGUUAUACUAGUCACAGAGCUGAAAACAGAAUCGGACACAAGAUAAAUUUUUUAUUAUAGAUAGUGCUGUAAAAAUUUUCAUUCAUAAAAUGUAUUCUGUAACUGUUUUCCUCUCCGUUAAUUUGAAUUUGUUCUAGUAAAUAGUUCAACUUUGAAUAGAAAACACCCUCUCUGCAAUCAUUCAUAACUGGAACAGAAAGUUGUAAGCGCUAGGGGUCUGGAUGUGUGUGUGAGCGCAUGUGGGGUGGGGUAAGGUGUGAUCAUUGAUGACAAGAAGGUCCUAACAUGUCACUCACAUACCAAUUGAAAAAUAUGACAACAUACGUUCACUUUAUUAAAAAUACCUUAAAUGAACCUCAGAUGAUGCUCAGGAACGUUAUCAAUUCACGUAACUCAUACUAGAGAAGACCGAGUAUCAGACUGAAUGAAAUGGUUGGAUGAAUUCUUUCUUCAAAUAGGUCCAUCUAACAAACCUGAAGAAGUGAAGCACGUAUCAAUCGAACCGAUGGUCGACAGCAAAAAGAAGGUACCCUAUAAAGAAAAUACAGAGAUUGUAAUCAAUAACACUGGUAAUCAUAAAAAUGUUACUGUCUAUCAUAAGCAAACAUAUGAAACCAAAACAGUAUCGCAUUCGUCGAAUCAUUCAAAUUCGACGAAACCCUACAUCGUAGUCACUCAAAUGUAUGAGAACCCGGAUCACCACUCCGACAUAUUUGACUCCCACAAAAAAAUACUGAAAAUAAAAACGUUUUCGGCUGGGAAUGAUCCUUCU